AUGAUGAUGAGGGGGGAAAGGAGGACAGAGAUCCUUCGGGUUGGUGCUGUCUGCUGUCCAUCCGCAAAAGCAUCGAGCUCCUCUCUUCUACCGCAGUGGGCAAGUCUCUGGCCCCUUCCGCUGCCACGACUGCUAAUUCUUCCACCGCCUCUUCUCAGGGCCGAGCUACUCGCGGACGAGAUGGUGUACUUUGUGUGCGAGUCGUGCAAUGAGACGCUGAAAAAGGCGCAGGUCGACAGGCACCUCUACUCGUGCAAGAGUUGCUGGGGCGUGACUUGCGUGGACUGCAACUUCACCUUCGAAGGCGAUUCGUUCAGGGCGCACACCUCUUGCGUGUCCGAGGACCAGAAGUACCAAGGCGCUUUGUUCAAGGCUCCAAAGGCCAAGCAGAAGAAUCGCGGAGUGAACGAGAUCUGGGCCGAUUCUGUCCUGCUUGCCGCGAGCAACGCCUCUUCCGGUGUUGCUCCCAAGCCGCUGUGCGCCCACCUGGUUCGCAUGGGAGACCUCGGCAACGUGCCGCGCCAGGAGAAGAAAUUCAAGAACUUCGUAAAGAACAGCCUUCGUGUGUUCGACGAGACCAGCGUCUCCAAGCUGUGGGCCUACGUUGACGGCGUCAAGAACGACCUGACGGCAAAAGAGAAGGAGGCGACGGCGACGCCGGCAGCGGCGGCCGUGGCCCAAGUAACGGCUGUGGCCGAAGAGCCUAAGGAGAAGACAGCCGCGACAACAGAACCCGCACGAAAAUCGUCCAAGAAAGAGAAAAAGAGCAAAAAGCGAACGAGAGAAGAGGCGGCGGAUACGGGGAACGGGGGGACUGCAGACGGCAGCGAUAACGGUAGCGGUGGCGGUGAAAAGAGACCGCGAGGAAAGCAGUCAGAAGAGGAGAAGCAGCCGCAAGAGGCGACGACCGGCGAAGAAGCCGAGGGUGCGAGAAACGGUGGUGGGGUAGAUGCGGCCACUCGCAAGGCGUUAGCCAAGGCGGCCAUCGGCGCUGUGAAGAAGGCUCAGGGCAAGAGGAUAGCGGUGAAGGAACUUGUCAAGCAGGCGGCGGCGGCGGUGUUGGUGGCAAGAGGCACGGAGGGCAGCAGCAGCGGCAGCAGCAAGGAGCACCAGCCGGACGACCAGACGCUGAGGCGUGCCCUGAAGCAGCGGUUAAAGACCGGGGGGCUCCGCCACGUGACGGUGGAAGGGAAGGUGGCCGUCUACUCCAAGGGAUAGGGUUAGGCCCAAUAGUUGUCGCCGUUGUUCAUAGUCAAGGAUAGCAGUGAAGGGUGCGGUCGCGGGCAGACAUUGCGCGGGGGGCUCUUUUUCUUCGGUUGGAGUAAAGUCGAGUAUCGUAGGUCUUGGGUACGACAGAAACCAACAGAGAGGGAGAGAAGAAAAUGCGAGCACCGCUCCGGCCGCAAGCAGCGAUCGCCCGGGAAACGAUGCGGGCGCGUGUGCUUUCGGAGGUCUGCCUAGUAGUAUACCCGCCUGCUGGCGUUAAUAUAUAUCUUGGCUUCUGU